AUGGUAGGACCAGGACGAGGAAGUGCCGUUUCUUCUUUAGUGACCUAUUUAUUGGGAAUAACUAGCGUUGACCCAUUAGAACAUAAAUUAUUCUUUGAAAGAUUUCUCAAUGAAAAAAGAACAAACUUGCCGGAUAUCGAUUUAGAUGUAGAGAAUCAAGAAGAAGUCUUUAAUUACUUGCAAAAAAAAUACCCCAAAAAGCAAGUAGCUCGUAUCAUCACUAAAAAAAAGAUUGGUUGGAAAGUUGCCCUCCGCGAAACUGCUAAAUUGUACAAAUUAGGAGAAAUAAAAUUAAAAGAACUUAUCUCUCUAACGGGAGAAAAUCCUAAUUUUAAUGACCUAAAAUUACAGCUUAUCAUUAGUGAAAGUUCACUGGUUGGUUCAGUGCCCUUAAAGUCAGAAAAAGAUUGUUUAUUGACACUUUUUGAAGAGGAUGAACUAGCCGGAUUAGGAUUAAAAAAAUAUGACUUUUUGAGUUUGCGGGAAACCCUUGGUUUUAUUCAAUUAUUAAAAAACUUUCUUUUAACCGGUAUCUUUCAAUUAGAUACUCCUUCGGCUCGACUGCUCUUUAAUCGGUUUCGCCCUGAGAAUUUUGCUGAAUUAGUGCUUUUCCUAUCUCUCAAUCGGCCUGGUACCAAAAAAAAGGUGGAAGAAAUAUCUCAAAAAAAAGACUCCAAGACUAGAAUUAAUUCUACUUCCCCGGUGAUUAGGGAAAUAUUAACUGAAACCUAUGGGUUUGUUAUUUUUGAAGAACAAAUAAGUCAAAUUUUUGCCUAUAUUUAUGAAGUUUCGUUUGCCGAAGCUGAAGUAAAAAGGAGAGAAUUGGCUAAAAAGGGACUAGAAAAAGACUUUCUUAACCAAGUCCAAAAAAAAUUGAAUUUGUCAGAAAGUAAACUAAUUUAUCAACAAAUUAAUUCUUCGGUUGGUUACACUUUCAACAAGGCUCAUGCAGUAGCUUAUAGUUAUUUGACUUAUUAUAUUGCUUAUUUAAAGGCCAACUUUUUUCCUGAAUUGAUUACCUAUUUCCUUAACAAAAGAAAAGAAAAAGUGUUAUCUUAUCUUCAAGAAGCCUUUUUUUAUGGAUUUCAAAUCAAAGAACCAGAUCUUAACCAUUCAGAAAUAGAAUGA